GUUGGGCGAAAGUUGUCAAUAACUACAAUAAGAAGAGAAAAGAACUGAACGUUAUGAGUAAUAUUAUAUUAGUGUUAGCUUUCUGCGCUGCCUCAACACUUGUAGUGAGAUUUUCGAUAUUGAGAUUAUUGGAAUCAGAUCCAGAGGAUCGACUACGUGGCUUCCCAACUCCAUACGUCUCCUACAUUCCUCCAGAGUUUGAUCAGCUUUCAUUUGUAGCAUACAUAUUCAUAUUGCAUUUUCUGAUGAUGAUAUCUUUCACGUUUGAGGGCUUUACUGCAUAUACGGCCCUAUUACAAAGUGUCAAGAAACUGCUAUCAGACUAUGAAAACAUUUAUAUUUUGUUGGACGACAUCAAGCAUUCACCUAGUUCUUCUCAGGAAAAAGAAUUUACUAGUAAUGAAAAACAAAUCCAAAGAGUCGAUAAUGUAAACGAUGAAGAGGAUCUAAGGAAAAAAAUGAGGCUCAUUGUGAAUUAUCAUCAUUACAUAAACAGAAGUUUUGAAAAAUGCGUCAGAUGCUCAGAGUAUCCUCUAACUGUAUUCAGUUUCCUUAUGAUUAUGGACUCCUGCAUUAAUAUCUACUUCAUGAUGCAGGCGAGGAAUCCAAAUGUAGCAAUGAGUCUUGGAUCAUCAUUCCUCUUGAACAACUCAAUCCUCCUUCUUUGCUAUUACAGCGGUCAGCAAAUUAGCAAUCAGAAUGAGAUAUUCCGAGGACAUGUUGCAGAGCUUCCGUGGAUCAAUAAGCCCAAGUGGUUCAAACAGAGCAUGAUAAUCAUGAUGAAUCGAGCUAAUGUCGACACUGAAAUAAAGCCUUAUGGAGUUUUCAUACUCAACCUCACAUCGUACAAAGAUUUGAUGAAAGCUGCAUUCUCGUUGGGAAAUAUUCUUUACACUCAGAAAAUGACUCGUAAAGAGCAUUAAAACUCUGGAAAUGGAUUGGGUGGUUUUUGAUAGAUUUAUUACACCACCAACUCCUUCUGGGAUGAUAUGUUACACCAGACAUGCAAAGGAAAUUAACAAGAGAUGAUGCAGCCAGACAAUCCAGGGCUUGGCCUUUCUGGAUCAGGUUCCUUCUGGUAUUGAUUUUUGUUCUCAAGGGAGAAAAUAAUAAUUGCUAAUAUGAUUUAUUUGUGAUAGUGGAAAAUGAAAAUAAAUAAAAACUCUAUUCA